CAUGGGUUCAUGAAUGGAUGAAUCACGUUUCUAAUAAAUAGUGUACUUAGAUGCGGGCUGACGUUCAGUGCUGAUGUGCUCACACCAGGGACACGGCUCUCGGCGCCGUUGCAGCUCCCACGGUCGACAAAUUUGUGCCAAGAAUUCAAAGCAUUGCUUGAAGGUACUAGUAUCAUACCAGGGACGAAAGAGCAGAAUGGAAAUAGCGUUCAUUUUUUGACAAGGAAGGUGCUGAAGGCGGGAAAGAUAGAAGAGAGAAGAGAGAAAGAGACAGAGAGUCGAAAAUGCAUUCGUUUGUCCAAAGUCGUGUUGCACGGUGUGUGCAAAAUCUCAAGGAGCCCACCGGAGCUUCUGAUGUUGCAGCGUCGCGUCCUUCCGACGAAAGCACCAUCACGACAAACACCUCAUCUACUGGCACCUUGACCACGUACACUCGGAUCGACAAUCCAGACGCACAACAGGAUUUUGAGGUUCAGAUACACACGGGCAAGACGGAGUCAAAGGAAGAGGAUCAUCAAGUACAAGACGUCACAGCGACGACCACGACAAACGCUACUGCCGACAACGAUGAUGAGGACGAUCAGGGGUCCUCUGAGGAGUUGCUAGGCACUCAUGUCUCCUUUUCCGAGGCAGACAAAUGCAGCUGUCAUGACAGCUCGGAGGAAGACGAAGACGAAGAGAGAGAAGCUCCUGAAAACAGCCAAGAUGCUCUCAUGGCGGCCAUUGCUGCUGCUACCAGUGGGAGUAAGGAUGGUGCUACCAGUACUCAUGCUCCCAGAGUGCAGCAAGUUGUUCCUUCCGCUGAUCAGGUCAAAACGGCUUCUAGCACGGAGCAGCCAAGACUGGUCGCAGCAGAUUUGUUCAAGAACAUUGACGACCAUUUGUCCCAGAAUCAAAAACAGAGUUAUCAAGAACAGCAACAACAACAAGCGCAGAGACAAAAAUCGUCCAGCAAUAAUGUGGACACGAAAUUCCUCGACGAAAUGGAGCGCAUAUUCUUCUUCACGGAUGUCGUCGACCGCAGCCCGCCACCACCCACCAUGACUGCAUCCACAAUCAGUUCCAGUUCGGCCAUGGUAUCACAAUCUAGGUCUGGACUCUGCUCUGCCACAGAUAUGCUGGCUCCCUUAUGGAAGAUUCCAGAGGUUGUGGGAAGCAAAAUCUAUAAUUCCAGCCUGGAGGCGUAUCAAGAAGUAGAAAAGACCUGCAAGGAGAUGGAAAGAACGCUCUUGUUCACGGACGUGCCAGAUGGACGUUCAAAACCAGUGCAAGGCCUGCAGCAAUCCGUGGAAGAUCAAUCAGACUCGGGCAGUGAUAUCGCUAUUGCGACGCAAGGCGGUGAUACCUUAGCCCUGUCAGCCAACAACAGCAUCGAGGAGACUAAUCCAACCGGACUCCCUCCUGGUGCCAAUCGGAUUCCGAAGACAAGGACCACUAGUACAUUAACGGGAACCGCGGAAGUGGUGGCAUCAAGGUCGAUCUUAUCCAACGAUAGCAAUUCUUCUUUGAAGGCUUCGAGCGUAGCACCCGAUGGUGAACUCAGUCGAGUUCUAAAGAACCUGGAGAGGAAUUUGCUAUUCACUGACCUUCCGGAUGUACCCACUCGCACCCAAAGCAACGACAAUUACAUGUAUCAAUCGCCUACUGGGUCCAGCUAUUCCACGCUUGGAAUGUGCCAGCCACAGGUGCUGCAACGAAAUCUCUUCUCCACCGAUGAUGAUGGUGUGGGGCGAUGCAAUGCAGACAGAAAUGGAAAUCCCACAUCGCAAUCCUAUUGCAUGAUGUCACAAGCUGUACUACACGACGAAAAAACACCCUCCUCGGCCGACUUACACAGGAGACUGGAGCAGCUUAUGGAAGAAGCUCGUUUGGCGCAAGGUCAACCGAAAACAAAGCAAGUUGUUCUUGAGCACGCCAUCGAUCCUGCUAGCGCUGCAGCAACAGUGGUUUCGGCAUCGAAUGCCAGCGAAGCUUUCACGGAUAAAGCUACGAGUGGGGCACUUUUCGUAUGGUCGAAAGAUGACGAGACAACAAUUGCAUCCCAGCCAACCAUAUCUUCACUCGUAGUUCCAGAGAAAUUGGAUGUCGUGCCGGAAGAUGCCAAGUCCAGCGCGUCAACCCUUGCUUACAGUGAUGAUAUCAUGUCAAAUGACGCCGUCGACAAGGGUUCCAGUGACCUGUUUUCCAUCCAGGAUUAUGAUACGUCUCUCUUGGGCGCAUCCACAGACCCUGAAUGCAAUGAACUGAACAACGCCGCCAUCGCUCCUAAGGCAGGCUUUCGUUCGAUUCGCGCAUUUUCAAGUGACGAAAAGAGCGAUACGGAAGUUCGGUUUCUCGUGAGGGUGAAGGUGAACGAGAGCAAGUCUAAUUUGUCGGGUGGGCCCCCGGGUGUGGAAAACGCCACGUUCGCGUCUUAUUGCACCUUUUCCGAGGAAAUAAAUCAUGAUCUUGCUGUGGCACAAAUUCUUGCUGAACCAACCAGUUCGGAGUCGAUUUCACCUCCACAAAUUCAUGGCAGCGGGGACGUUGGAACCUCUGAAGUCCCCCAAGCCGACUCGGAUGAAACCGAGCUCGUCGGCUGCUCAAACAAGCCCUCAGCUGAGCAAGCGAAGGAGGCAAAUGAUUCCCCUGCCCAUGCCUCCCCCCAAGAAGAAGGAAUCAAGGAUGUUGAUUCGGAUCAACAGCUCCAACAAACGAAUCAAUCUCUCGAGGCUAACGAAGAGGAGGCCAAUAGCACCCCUGAGUUCGUCUCAGAUCGACCACUCCAGUCUGAGCAAGAAGAGGCUGUAAGCACACCUGUGCCAGUCUUAGAAGACGAAGAAGACCAGGAAGACUCUGCUGUGCCAGUCAGCAUUGCUUCCAGGGGAGUUUCGUGGACAUCACAAGACGAUGAGAAUCUGGACAAGAUUAUGGAUAGUACUGCGAGUGAUACAAUGACCGUAACUCAGUCCGGAGAAGAUGAUCUCGCGGUAGCAGAAGAGCAGAGCUUCGCUCGCUCAGUAGAAGUGCCUCAAACAGCGGAAGACAAUUCCACAUGGUGCGACAAAUCGUUCAUUACGGCGGCAGACUACAAUGGCGAUUUCGGUGCAGAACAAAUGAGUGUCGACGUCUUCCACGAGAGUUUGGAAGAUGAGGAAGUCGACGAGUCGGAAGUCGACGACGAAGACGAAGACGAAACAGUCGGAAGUGACUCCCCAGCAUCUCAAGGCAUGAAGGUAUCUGCUAGCCGCAUUGCUGGUGGUGGUUUUGAUGGUUUGGGUGCUGAAAUAAGCGACCAGCAUGAGUCUGACGACUACGAAGCAGCUAUCGAAAGAAGAGACCCCCCAACGUUCAGAGGCCUCAAGAUAUCUGCUAGCUACAUUGCCAGUGGCGGGUUUGACGCUUUGCUAGCAGAAAUGGACCAACUCGAGACGUCGAUUGACACCGACUUGGAGCGCGCACAAUCGGUGCUGCGGAGUCCCUUGCACAAACAGUCGGUGGCAAAUUUUACGUAGCUGCCUUUUUAAAAAGGAGGGAUGAUUGCACGAAAGGCACUGGCUGAUUUUGGGGGAGAAACAUGCAUUGAUCGUUCGUAUGAGAAACACCGAUAGACCUGCAACGCUAAAACGUAGGCACAAUCGCAGAAAGUAGGCUAGCCAACGGUA